AUGAGUGCUUCCAGCUCAAGACACACCAUGGAGAGCAUUCAAGACCAGAUGUCCAGUAAGGCUCUGAAGACCUCGACGGUGAUCGAGGUCGAAACUGAACCAAGUAUCCGAAGUCAAAAUUCCGCCCAUGAUGCUAUCAAGGAUGAAACCUACCUCCAGGCCAUUCGUUCGCAUCCUGGCGCCUUCAUGUGGUGUCUUUAUAUGGUGUGGGUCAUGCUGAGUUCGAAUUAUAUCAACACUGCUGGGGGUUCAGUGCUAGGAAUUCCAAGGUUUAGAAAAGACUUUGGUUCUCCAUAUGAAGACGAUUAUGUGCUUCCAGCGGCGUGGCAGUCUGCAUAUUUUGGCGCUCCUUCAGCAGCGGGUGUGUUGGGAGCAAUGGGAUCAGCGACAAUUGCAGAUCAACUAGGGCGCAAACCCGUGCUCGGUCUCGGCUUUCUUAUCAAGGCGAUAUCGACCACUCUUCAAGUAACAGCAACGACCAAUCCGGUCUUCUUCGGUGCAAUGGUUCUCAACGGUGUCAGUUCUGGAACACUUACAACCAUGGCAUUUACCUAUAUAGGAGAGGUCAGCCCAACAGCUUUACGCGGCAUCCUCUCUGCGGGAACACCCAUUGCAAUUUGUUUCGGCGGUCUCUGCGCUGCAAUUCUGACGAAUUACGCCGGAACACAGGAUUCUCGUUGGGCGUAUCGAACUGGGUUUGUCUCAGAAUACGGGUUCGUGGUUGUGUCGGCUGUGAUAUUGCCAUUCAUGCCCGAAUCGCCUUGGUUCCUUGUUGGUCGUGGGAAAUCGAAACAGGCGCUUAGAAUGCUUCAGAAGCUGAGUUAUAGCGAGAUUGAUGCUGAAGCCGAAGUCAAGUCAAUUGUCAACACUCUUGAAAAAUCGAAACAGGAAACCUCGGGAGCGAGUUAUGUUGACUGCUUCCGUCGCUCGAAUCUACGACGGACAAUAAUAUCUGUCGCUCCUUCGUCGAUUCAAGCACUUUCUGGAGUGGCAUUUGUUGCAAGUUAUUCUACCUACUACCAACAACUUGCCGGCUUCAGUACCCAAAUGAGUUUCCGACUCUUCAUUACUCAGCAGAUCCUUUCCAUCUUCGGCAAUUUCUGCUCAUGGUUCCUUAUUGACCGUGCUGGACGACGAGGCUUGACCCUCUGGGGAGUGGCGCUCCUGACCGUCAUUCUCUUGAUCACUGGGGCACUGGCAGUCGUAGCCACUCCCGGUAUGAUCAAAGGCACGGUUGCCUUGCUCCUUUUAUACUGCUACCUUUACAAUGCCACAAUUGGAGCAACCGCUUUCACCGUUAUGACCGAAACGGCCACCCCACGGCUGCGAGCGAAAACAGCAUCACUCGCGUUUGUGUUCCAAAGCGCGCUCUUCACCAUGUGGGGGUUUGUGCUUCCGUACCUGUUCAACCCGGACAAGGCGAAUCUAGGUGCCAAAGUGACUUUCAUUUUCGGAGGACUAAGCGUGCUUUGCUUGGUUUAUCUCUGGUUUUGCCAACCCGAAACCACGGGGCUUUCGUACGAAGAGCUGGAUGAGUUGUUUAUUAACCGCGUGCCUACGAGGAAGUUCAAGGACUAUCGCAAACGCACGACUGGGCCCGCUUGA